AUGAAAUCUGCUAACAUGAUACGAAGAGCAAACGUGAUGGCUUACACUUCUCGGCCCUCCUCUCAGAUGGCUGCCAUCUUCAGCUGUGACAAGUGCUCCGAGGCAUACGCAAGCCCCGCAGACCUGGACCAUCACCGCCAAAUCCACGACUUCAACCACCAUCCCAGUCGAUUUGCUAGCCCAGUCGACGAAUCCAGAUCCAGGUCGAUGACUGCUGGCCAAGCUCGCGUCGAGCCAGCUGUCGUAACUUCGGUCGUUACCACGCGCUGUUUCUUCUUUUGUUCCACAUGUAAUACUCGAGUUGGAUCUCCUUCCUGUCUGAUAAGGCACAACGAACAAUAUCAUCAGUCAGCAAGCAGUGGAAGGGAGAACGGUAUGCCUGAAGGCCAUAUGCCUCAGCCUUCCCGUGAGGUACCAAGUCCAGAGCCAUCUUGGAACCCUGGUUCGGCUUUCGGACCGCCUACAUCUUGGGAACAAGGAGUGCAGAUGCAGAGCGCACCACCAGCCAAUUAUUCGCCUAUCGGUCCUGACCACCCUUCCAACCCUCCCCCAAAUAUUGUUGCUACUGUGUUCAAUCCGCAGUAUGUGGCUCAUAUGCCGCCCAUUCCAGCAUCAAAUGCAAGCCAAGCAAGUGAUGUGAGCUGGAUUGACUUUCUGGUUCCCAUCGAGGGACGCGAGCCUUACAACCAAAUUGUUGAGUAUGAGGACCCCAACUUUCCUCCUUCAAUUGACCAGUUCUGGCCGAGGCUUGUUGAUAUACAUCUCAGUGGCUACCAUUUUGCAGGCGAAGUGCUAGCAGCAUCCCAGGAAAGCCUAAGGCUCUUUUUCGAAGCAGGUGGUGUUCCACGUGUGUAUGAAGCAGUUGAAGCACAAGCGCCAUUUCUCCCCGCCAUGAACCUUUUAAAUCAGCUUUGUGCCAACUACUUUGCCUAUUGGCAAUCAAAACAACCGGCCCUUCACUUUGCUUCAUGGAAUUUCAUUGAUUGCCCCAUGGCGCUGGUCAGCUCAAUGGCUUGCGUUGGCUCGAUCAUCACUCAAGACAGUGAAGUCCUACAGCAAGCGAGUUACAUCAAUGAACAAUGUAUCUCGGAAAUCAACCGUUUGACUGAAAGUUUACAAUAUACAGACAUCGAAUAUAUAGCUGCGCUAUGCAUUCACCAAACAUAUUUGAUUGGAUCUGGCCACGAACAAAUUCAUCAACAUGCGGACAGAGUUCGCAGCUACAUGAUUCAGGGUCUACAAGCUCAGAACCUGCUCGGUCCCAAUCUCUUUGAUCCCGUCGACAUAUUGCCUCUGUCUUGCUUGACUGCUGAUGCAGUAGACACGGAGUGGCGCGCAUGGGUAAACCAAGAGCAAAAGCUCAGAGUGGCCUGGAUGGUGUUUGAAUACGACUGCAGUCUUUCACUCCUCACUGGGCGUCCUUGUGCUAUAGCGCUGAGACAUCUGCCCAAGGUUUUCCCCUGCGAGGAUGCACUUUAUAAUGCUUCAAACGCGUAUACUUGGUCUGAACUUGCUUCGAGAACCUCAAGCCUUCAGGGGCCAGAAGUUUCCAGCAUCAUAACCUUGACAAUAAACAGACUCAACCUCCCUCAUACAGCGUCUUCGUGGACCAAACGCCUUUGCGCGCAUGUUUUCGAAAGGCUUCUGAGAGGUCUUUUGGAUCCUGAACAGCAGAUCGACACAAUCGCCAGUGCCAGGGAAAUCAACUUACAUUUGAUGUCUUCUCUCUCAGACAUUCAGAUGAAGCUACUUUGGAGUAUCAGCUAUUUGGGCAAGUCGGCCUCGAUCUACAACCAGUCGCCCGCCACCCUUCAUACCACAGGGGACGCUGAUGAUUAUGGCAUGCUAUCCACGUUCAAAUUGACUCACCAAUCCAAUCACUUUAGCCUGUGCACUCGCAUCAUGUAUGCGAUAAGAUUCAUCACACUCGCAGCCAUUUCGCCCCCGACGGAUAGCCAUCACGCAGAAGUACCUGCAAUGCAACAAAGACUUCUUUUAGAAUUCGCCAGCGUACCCUACCAUGCUCGGCUCUACGUCUAUAACGCGGGCCAGAUGUUCAGAACUGCCAGAGAGAGUCUACUCGUCACGCCGGUCGACUACCUGCGCAUUUUUACGGCCUAUCUCGCCAUUCUUGCAUUCGUCAAAUAUGGCCCUUCUUCGAGAUGUGACGUCCCCGGCGUCGACCCGUUUCAUGCAGACGUGUUUCCAUUCUUCCCCACUAGUAGCGACAGAUGGCUCGAGUAUGGCGGCCCGGCCACGGUCGGCGACUGUGGUGUGUUCUACCCCGGGUGCUCGACGGAGCUCAUCAUGCGGGAUGCGAGCAGGGAACUCUGCAGCCCAGGUGGUUGGAAACUGAAGCGGAGGUAUUAUUGCGUUCUGGCUCGCUUUAACGCUCUUGAAGUGCGGCGCAGCUAA